AUGGCAAGAGGAAAGAAGAAAUCCAAUCAGCAGCCUUCGUUCGUUCCUGCCGCCGUUCAAGUAAUGAUGGAAAAGAACGAACCUCCCUUCACAUCUGCAAUCAUGAGCGAGGUGAUGCCGAAGAGGUUCCGGAUACCCCCCGUCAUCCAGUACUCCGGGUCUGGAGACCCGUCCGAACACGGGCCUAAAGAGUCGUUGAAAGACUUCAUUGCCUGCUUCAACGAGGAGGCAUUGCAGGUGGAGGACUACGAUGACAAAAUGACGCUCUCUGCUAUGUUCAGUGGUCUGAAAGAGAGGAAGUUUACCUUCUCCAUUGGGAAGAAUCCGCCGAAGACAAAUGUUCAAGUGGCAGAGUCGCCAACCAAAGGGAAGAGGUUGAGGAAUGAAGAACCCCAACUAUCCAGCAAUAAAUCGAACAACCAAGUCCCUCGUGAUCGUCGGCCGAGCAGGAAGCCUAAGGGCACACCCCCCUCAAUACAUCUACAGAGCAGAUAUUGUUGGACAUCAAGGGACAAGCUCUUGAAUUGGCCCGUUUGCAUGAAGGCCGAUGCAGAGCACCGAAACAAGCGCAAGUAUUACCGGUUCCACUGUGACCACGACCACAAUACAAGUGACUGCGUGGAUCUCAAAGACGAGAUCGAGACCCUCAUCCGUAAGGGUCAUCUGUGCCAAUACACCAAGGAGGAGAGAACAACUCGGAGAGAAGAGCAGCCGAGCAAAGUUGCAAAAGAACCGGUCGAAAUUCAUACCAUCUUUGGUGGUUCGUCCGGUGGAGGAGACUCGAACAGGGCUCAUAAAUCCUACUCCCAGAAGUUUGACCCGGAGCACUACGUCCACAUGAUUGAGAGGUUGAGGAAAGAACUCCGAGUAAGCCCUUGCAACCUGACCUUCACGGAAGACGAUGUGCGCGGAAUUCAACAUCCCAUGACAAUGCCUUAUGACAAUGCCUUAGUGGUGACUAUGACCAUAUCCAACCACAAGGUGUACCGCAUCCUGGUCGACACUGGGAGCUCGACUGAUGUAAUAUACUCAGAAGCUUUCAAAAGAAUGACGAUUCUAAGGUCACACCUCAGACCUGUGAAGACCCUUCUACAUGGCUUUGCUGGAGAAAGGGUGAUCUCCGAAGGAGCCAUCUCCCUCCCUGUGACCGAGGGAGAAGGACGGCAUCAAGUCACUCUCCUGGUGGACUUUCUCAUCGUUAAUGUACCAUCAGUGCACAACGUUAUCCUGGGCAGACCUUCCCUCAAUGUAAUGAGGGUGGUCGUGUCUACAUAUCAUCUAAUGAUGAAGUUUUUCGCCGAGGGCGGAAUAGGCUACCUUCGAGGCGAUCAACACGAGGCUCGAAAAUGUUAUAUGAUAGCAAUGAAGAUAAACGCUGGUCAUAGUAUAACAAGCAAAGGAAUGUUGCAAAAAGAUUGUUCGGAAUUCGACUUGGAAGAGUAA